CCUGUUAUUUAUUUCCGGAUUGGCACAGGAAGAGUGAAAGAAUUAGCCUAAAAACUUUGUUGACCGUCUGUUCCUGUCUCGUCUGAGCAGCAGGGCUACGACAUUGGGGCUCAACAGAAUCAUCAGCAGCCAGAUAGUAUCCAUACCUGAUGAUGAUGGAGCUCAGAGGUUUAUGUUAAAACCUGCUGGAGAUCUCGCAAGCAAAGGGAAAGAUAUCACGAUCAGAUCAAGAUGAUCAGACAAAGUGGGCGCAUAUUAUUUGACAGGAUGCCUUUUGGCAAAAAGACAAAGAAGUCGACGUCGACAGAGGCGCCGGCGAUGGAGAUUUCUGCACCAACCAUGGUAAAACACAACUUCCAUGUUGGUUUUAACAAAGUCACAGGUUCUUUUGAGGGCCUGCCUCCUCAAUGGUCAACCUUACUGCAAUCUUCGAACAUCUCGUCGGAGGAACAGAAGGAAAACCCAGAGGCAGUCAUCAAUUCACUACGACUGUUUACAAAGUCUUUCAAACAUAAGCCUGCUGACCAUCAAAAAUAUCUAAAAGUAGCAACCACAAUUGAUGAAUCUGAUGAUGAUUUAGAUAGUGAGGAUGAUUCUUCAAGCCGAUCAAACAACCGUGACUCGGAUGAUCCCCCAACACCUCAUUUUGACAAUGGGGGGGACCCCCAGACUGACGUGUUUGUUCAGGUGCCAGACAAUAAGGACCUGAAACAGGCCAACUCUACCCAGAAGGAAGUCUCUAAAGACAAGAAAGAUGAGGUGGAUGCUGCCAAUGUUGACAGAGUCCUUGAGGCUUGUGCCAAGGUCAAAGUGAACGAUGAAACCAAAGAGGAAGAUGAUGCACCAGUUCGUCGAAACAAAACACAGAAGAAAAAUCUGUCUGACAUCGAAAUCAAUGCUGCCUUAGAAAAACUUGCCUCAUCUGGGAAUGCUUUAGAGAAAUAUAAUACACACAAGAAACUUGGAGCAGGGGCUUCAGGAACAGUUUGCAUGGCCAAUCCAAAAGAUCCAGCUGAGGCAGAUCAAGUCGUAGCCAUCAAGAUAAUGGACCUCAACAACCAGCCCAAGAAGGAGCUGCUCAUCACAGAAAUAGAAGUUAUGAAAACACACAAACAUCAGAACAUUGUCAACUUCCUUGACUGUUACUUCCUGGACGUUAAACAGGAGUUGUGGGUGGUGAUGGAGUAUUUAGAUGGGGGAGCGUUAACUGAUGUUGUCACGGAAACAAUAAUGAAUGAGGGACAGAUUGCUGCUGUGACACGCGAGUGUUUACAGGCCUUAGAUUUUCUCCACUCUAGAAGUAUUAUCCACCGGGACAUUAAAAGUGACAAUGUACUACUAGGCAUGAACGGGGCUGUUAAGUUGACAGACUUUGGUUUCUGUGCCCAGUUAAGUGGAGACAACUGUAAAAGACAAACCAUGGUUGGUACACCCUAUUGGAUGGCACCAGAGGUCGUGUCCAGAAAACACUAUGACAAGAAGGUAGACAUCUGGAGUAUGGGAAUUAUGAUAAUUGAGAUGUUGGAGGGGGAACCUCCUUACCUGAACGAGACCCCACUGAAAGCAAUCUAUCAUAUUGCGGCCAAGGGAAAGCCGGAGAUAAAAGACAUCCACAAACUGUCCAAGGAGCUACAGGUAUUCCUCGAUAUGACCCUAGAUGUGGCAGUGGACAAACGAGCAGACACAGCGGCACUCCUGAAGCAUGAGUUCCUCCUCAAGGCUAAGCCUCUCUUGUCACUCAAGCCACUCAUAGUGGCCGCUAAGAAUGCCACCGGCCACUGAGUCAUCAGUAUGCCUGAGUGCAUUAUUGUCCUAACAUCAGUUAUAGAAUGUAAUGGGGUCAUUAUAUCCUGGUAGAAACAACCAAAGUAAAGGUGUUACAGUUGACAAUCAUUUGUCUGUAAGUUCAAUAACUUUCAGAUAAAUGGUAAUUCUUAUUAACAAACAAUGUGUUAUGUUUUGUAAUUUUAAUCUCCAUUGGACAUGUAUUUCAAUAUAAAAGUAGUCUGUUCUGUUCACUGAAUAGUUACACAUCAAAAUAUGAUUGAUAUUAAUAUUAAUUAUCACAAUAUUCAAAGAGAUUUGAGAUCUAGAUAAAACAAUAUUUUUGGUCCCUUUUUUAAAUUAAUUUUAAAUGGAGUAAUGGACUCAUAUUUGUAUAUGAUGUCACAAGACGUUUAUAUAGCAAUACAAGAUUUCAGAAGACAAACGAAGUAGAUUUUACAGAACCAAUGGGAGAGUUUUGAAGCAUUGGUAGGUAUGGACCGUGGGAUCUGAUGUUAGUUCCUAGGAAGCUUAACCAUUGAUGCUUUGAAGGCCUGUAUUAACAUUAACAGGUCUAUACCAUUUGAAACAUUUUUUAUUGAAAAGUAAGCAAUCCAGUUGAUAUGCUGAAUGAAAGGGUCCAAACUUAAGGCGUUGGUAUUUUAUUCCUGAAUAAAGUAUCCAAGGGAAAUAACUCUAUUGACGUGUAGAAUUUGUGGAGUUUUAAGUCUACUAUAAAUUACAUAGCUGACCAACAAAAAGAGUUUUCUUUAAGCUGAGGUGAGUUCAAGCUGAGUGUGAGGCUUUGGUGUCUACUAUACUAUUAGGUCACAUACCCUCAGAUUCCAGCUCAAGCUGAGUAUGACGAUACGUUUCAACCUUAAUAUCAUUUACACUAUAAGUCCACUACGAGCUUCGUUUGAGCUUAGGUUGGUCAGAUGUGUUGAAAGUGUGAUAAAUCUCUAUACUGGGAUAAGAAAUGAGAUAUAGGGUUUAUAGACAAGGUACUUAGGUAAGCUUAACACACAUUGCCCAAGGUUGAUCAGCUAUACACAGAACAAAGAUGUAAAGCCCCAUCAAUCAAUCAAAGCUAAACAGUUUGUAUCAAUGCUGGCCAAUGUUUAUAACAAAUAAUAUGCAAAAAAAAAAGAAGAUAAAAAAUAUGAAGAAAUGUUACUUCAUAUUUUAUUGAAUGUUGACGAAUAAUUCAUUUGAAUGUAUAGGUAGUAAACAUAUUUGUUGACAUUAUUGUUCUCAUUGAAAUUACAUGCAUGAAGUUUUAAAUUUUUAUGAACUUUUCAUGUGUAUUUUAUUGUUUUUGAUAUCAUACUUAACUAUUUAUAUAUAUGCUAAUGCUUAUAGCUAAUUCAGUGAAAAAAUGGAUCCUUGAUAUAUAGAUUUGUGCAUUCCACAUAACAUCUCGUUUACUUUUGAUAGAAUCAGCCGGAAAGUUCUCUUCAUAUUUGAUAAAAAAUUGAACUGACCUAUUUUCAUAUUAUUGACAUGAUGUCAUUAUCAUUGGUUACAAGGUCCUGGAUUGUGUUCAGUAAAGGAGCUGCAAAAUGUUGUGUAGGAAUGGUCAUAUAUCAGGACAUGGAUAUAACAAUGGAUAAUUUUAGGAUUGACAUAGAUAUUGUAAGAGAUUCAAAGUAAAGCUACCAGUCAAAUUUAGAUAUUACAGUUAUAUUGGAAAGGGACUACUUGGUCAACCUUUUUUAUGUGCAGAAAAAUAUGUUUCAGUUUUCAUUUGUUGAAAUAUACUUUCAGUGAUCUUAUAGACUGAAUUCAAAAUAUUGUAUUUUUUAGCUUAAGAACUAGUAAGAAAGACAGUAAAAUAGCUGAAAAUCAGUAAGGAUUCUAGAAGCAUUUAUUUUUUGUAUCAUAUAACUGCAUUUUGAUAAAAAAAAGAAAACGUUUUGAUAAAAACAACUUAACAUUGCUCUUCAAAACAUUACAGAUAUGUAUUGCACAGAUAUUUUAUAUUACCUGGUAUACCAAGCUUCAAAUUUCUCUUCUGAUUUUGUUUGUCAUCAAAUCACUCCUAAAAGAAAAUAUAUCAUGUCUACAGUCGCUAAAACUUCAUCCAACUGAAUUGUUUCCCAUCAUGCUGAAGCUGUCGACUGGACAUCAGUGGUAUGCAGAAUUGUCACAUCAAUAUUUAAUGUGUAAUUGUCUCCCUUAGCAUCAUCUGUAUUAUGACAACACGAAUGUGUUCCCUCAUGUGCUCUAUUCACACUGAAACAUUUUUAACCAUGUUUUUGCGAUUUGAUUUUUUUUGACGAAGUGAUAUUUUGUGAACCUUUUAGAAAUUUUCAUUAUACAUGAGUGACAAACAAUUAAAAAUGAAAGCAACGAAAUAAUUUAGCACUGAUCAUGUUUACUUUUGAGAAUAUUGUAGUGGUUGAUGUGGGGUUUGUUUGUGAAGAGCUUUGUGGACUAUCAUUAGUCUCACUAGAACCCAUGGUUUUGACUGAUAAUGAUAUUACUGAUGAUGUGAUGGCUAGUAGUUUUAUAUAUAUAGGUAGGAUAUCUAGAGAAGAGUUAUUUAACGGCUA